CACAGAUUGGUGGGUAGGAUACUAGGAGGCAGGGAUCAACAAACGAUACAACAAGACACAGGUGUGGCACAAAAGGACAGGUGUCCAAAGACAGGAAGUAAACAUGAAACAGAACACAAGAGAACAACUACUAGAAAAUAAAACAGAAACUAAACAACACAACCGUGACACAUACCUCUGAUAACAGAUUACGCGGCUAUUGAACUGAACUGUACACUGGUGAAAUGUGACCUAACAAAAUAAAAUACAACUUAACACAUAACAGGCCACCUGGGCCUGGGCAGCUCCUCAGGAUAUUAUGGCUUCUUGUUCUGCCAUGAGUGGGGGGGAUUCUCAUUUUAGUAAGACCCAUUUUUACUCAGUCUACAGUUUCCUCAUCUGAGGACUCAUCAGACGAGUCGUCUAUCAUCAGAUGAGUCUUCAUGUAGGAGAGCUGGUUACACAGACACACCCACAACACCAGCUUGACCCUGUGGCAAAUAUUCUGGUUAAUCAUCAUGAGAAGUUUCCAACUCAGAUUCAGAACAAACGGCCUCGACAUCAUGAUUUCAGUUGUUCUGUCAUUAGUUUUAGUCAGGAGCCUUUUCUUGCAAUUUUUAGCUUUUCAGAGCAAAAGAUACAUGUUUUUGCCCUAGUGACAGAUUAAGUAAUAUAAGUAUAUAAGUAAGUAAGUAAGUAAUUAAGCCGUAUUUGAAGGAGACACGUUUUUUUAAGCGAUUUCGAGUGUCUGAAAUUUAUCUAGUUAGCUGGACUAACUAAUAGUAACUAACUAUGGUAAAAUUAGCUAACUAAAAUAGAAAAUCUCACUCUCAAGGUAACCUAAACCUGUUAUGUACAGUUAUCUUUUACAGUUGUCAUCAAAUAUUUUCAAAGGUAAUAUUAGAACAAUUGAAAUAUAUUGAUAGUACUUACACAGGGAGCAAAUGUCACAAGCACAGUUGGCACCAAAUGAUAUAGCAAAUUUAUGUGGGUCAUUUCUGACCCAUGUGGGUGAAGUUGAUGUAGAAAUACAAAAGCUGUGCUUGUUCAUAAAGUAAGGAAGAAAAAAGAAAACUGAUGAUUUGUGCCAAACAAAAACAAAACAUUUACUGCAUAUUUGGAAUAAUAAAUGAUAAAUUUAUCUUUUUUUUUCAAAGACAUAUCAUAGAAACAUUCAGCAAUAGAUGGAAUAGCAUAGAAAAUGAAUAUGGGUCAUUUUUGACCCAUGUUGUGCAUUAGAGGGGUAUUGAUACAAAAGGGGUAUUUAUUCAAAAAGUAAGAAAGAAAAAAAUAAAAUAAAGAUGUAUGAUGAUCAAAAACAAGCUUAAUUGAAGAAUUCCUUGAAUACUGAAUGAUGAAAGUAAUUCACUGCAAAGAUAUAGAAAAUAAAAACUCAGCCGGGUCACUUUUGACCCAUGUUUUGCAUCAAAGGGUUAAGAAAGCAGAUGUCACGGGCCCCUCCACCCCUCAAUAAAACAAAGACACCUCAAAAGGAAAUCAACACACACCACUCACCACACCACAUUUGAGAUCUUGAUUGCCUUUCUGCAGCGUGCACUCCAAAUUACAGUUAAGAUAGCAAUGAUGAAUCCUUCAGGUUACCCGGGUGAGGCUGUUCCCUUGCAGGGGAGGUAUGAUGGGUUCUCUGGACAGCCUGGAGGACCUGCAGUGGUUCAGUACACAACUGUGAACACCAGCUCUGAGCCCCCCAAGGACCACAUCAUCUGGUCCCUCUGCUGCUUUAUCUACGCGAACCCCCUCUGCCUCGGACUGGCGGCUCUCAUCUUCUCGAUCAAGGCUAGAGACCGCAAGGUGGCUGGAGAUCUGGAGGGUGCCAGACACUACGCCUCCACUGCCCGCUGCCUCAACAUCGUGGCCACUGUCCUGUUUUCCAUCACAAUCCUCAUUGUAAUGAUUGUAAUUAUUGUUGUAGCCGUACAGGUGCAGAGGAUGUAAACAUCCAUCAACAGAUCCGGCAACAGUUACAAUUGGUGACUGGAAGUUGUCUCCUGGCUUGUUUCUCUGCUUUAUGCUCAUGGCAGAAUUCAUAACUUUGUAUACCUGUUUACUUAAAUCUUUGAGCAGAAAAUAAAUACAUUUUCAUGUGUGCUGCAAAAGUCCGAAAUGCAAACAAUGGAGUCAUUAAUGUCUCCUUUACUGUUCUCUGCAGUAAGUCUUGAAUGUCAGACAUUCUUAUUAAACUGAAAUAUA